UACAACUUAAAAAUGACAUCAUGGGUCCGAUAAUCCAUGUUGGCAAUUUAUUUCUCAAGAGCCGACCAAUCAGAUGCCUCUCUGGAUGCAUGAUGUCCCAACCUCUAAAUCUGCUCAUCCUGGUAUCAUGGGAGUAUGUCACUGCAUGUCAGCAGAAAAUCUGAGAGUCUCAAGAACAAGCAAACGAGUCCCGCCAUACAAUACAAGUGAGCAAGUCCCUAUAAGCUCAACAGAGCUCGGUGGAAGUGGCUGCCACCGCUAAUCAACAAACCCAAACCCUCUUCCAGUCUAGAACUGUAACACCUUACGUUUCCUUGCUGUUGAAGUAUACUUGGAGGCAGACAGAGGUUGAGAUCAGAAUCGGGAUCCAAUUUCAACAUGUCAAGUCAAGUUGGGAAGACUACAAGACUCGGAACGGAAGCUGCUGACAGAAAGUGGUGUGUUGACUCCCGGUGGCCGCUGGAGCCGUUGAAUUCGAUGCUGGUCUCAAGAGAUGUUGGCGACUAUGGUGAGGUCAUUCCGCUGGAUGAAGCUCGGCUUCAGUUGGUAAAAUACCGGGGGUUCGCGUUGUGAAGAUAGAGUAGGCCAUGUGCGAAAUCGCAGGGGGCCCACUGCGAGUUCGGGACAUAAUUAUGUCUCGAGGGGCUCGUUUGAUGGAUUUUCAUUCCUUGUUGAUACUGUCUGGGACCAUUUUGACUUGUUUGGUCGUUGAUUCACAAGUUCAUGGAUUGUCUCCCGAUGGAAUGGCAUUGCUGGAAAUCAAGAGCACCUUGGUUGAUGAAACGGGAAUUCUGAGCAGUUGGAUCGCCACAGACGAGACACCUUGCGGUUGGUAUGGGGUGGCAUGCCUUCCUGACGGCCGUUCCGUCCGUUACCUCAACCUCAGUGCGCAUUAUGACGAUCUAUCAGGAACACUUUCUCCGAGCAUUGGCAAGCUGGCCAGUCUGCAGGACCUCGAUAUGUCUUACAACAAUUUCAGUGGCCCUCUCCCCAGUGAAGUCGGCAAUUGUUCGGAGCUGCGCUAUAUUGACUUCGGCCACAAUCAACUCAUCUCAGGAACCAUUCCCCCGGAAUUUGGGAAGCUUUCGAAAUUGCUGUAUCUAAGUCUCCCCCAGUUGCAGCUCACAGGACCUAUACCAGAAGAAAUUGGCAGCCUGACCAGGCUGCAAAACCUGUAUCUGCACUCGAACAACCUCACAGGACCUAUCCCCUCAACUUUCGGAGCUCUGCAAAGCCUCAGUGUCAUGUGGUUGUGGAACAAUUCUAUCUCAGGGGUUAUACCUCCUUCAAUGGGCAGCUGCAAAAAUCUGUCCGUCUUGGACUUGAAAGAUUUGAAGCUAGAAGGAUCAAUUCCUACAACAUUUGGGCAUCUGGAGAAGUUGGAGUACAUUGACCUCACCAAUAAUCUCCUCACAGGUCCAAUUCCGCCGGAUCUGGGAAACUGCACGAGCCUCACUAGCAUUUACUUCGGGUAUAAUAUGUUGAAUGGCAGCAUACCCGGGGAGCUGGGAAAACUUACGAACGUGAUCACGAUGUACUUGAUGGGCAACCAGCUCAGUGGGGAAAUUCCACCGACUCUGGGAAACAUGUCCAGUCUCUCAGAUGUGAGUUUCUUAAAAAAUCAGCUUCGAGGGGAAAUACCAGCGGCAUUUGGAUCCUUGACAAACCUUGCCUACCUGGAAUUGGACCAAAAUAGUCUGACUGGAAGCAUCCCUGUCGAACUAUUCGACUGCACAAAUUUGAUCUUGCUUUCCCUUAGAGUUAACGAUCUGUAUGGGACUCUUCCUCCUCAAGUUGGAAAGUUGCAGAUGUUGUCCGAUCUCCUGAUAGGGACUAACAAUCUCACAGGCUCCAUUCCUUCCACGAUUGGUAACUGCUCAUCACUGCAGACACUAAGCGUUUUCGACAACUGGCUAGUCGGCAGCAUCCCACCGGAGCUGGCUAGCCUUCCUCAGCUGAUGGAACUGCGAUUAUUUGGAAACUUUCUCACAGGACCCAUUCCAGCCGAGCUUGGGCUUCACAGCAAUCUGACACUGUUAGAUGUUCACGACAACGAGCUGAAUGGCAGCAUUCCAGCAGGACUCUGCAAUUCUGGCGGCCUAAAGCUCCUGGUACUGUACAACAAUCAUCUCGAGGGUGAAAUCCCCACCGAGCUGGCCAUGUGCAGAAGCCUUCAGCGCCUGCGCAUGGACAACAAUCAUAUCACGGGGUCCAUACCCGGACAAUUUGGGCAGAACACAGCACUCUAUCGCCUCCAGGCAGACUCCAACGACUUGACUGGCAGCAUACCUUCAGAGCUUGGGUCGUGUACAAAUCUUACUGCUCUCCUCCUUUCCAACAACAGACUCAACGGGACCAUUCCCUCCAGUCUGGGCCUUCUUCCUCUCCUGUACAGUCUGAAUCUGUCCUCAAAUCAGUUGACUGGCUUCAUACCAGCCGAGAUCGGCAAACUUACGAAUCUGUCAGAGCUGGAUCUCGGCUCGAACCAGCUGAGUGGAGUAGUUCCGCAGGCGUUGUCCAAUCUUUCGGCUCUGACCUCUCUGAACUUGAAUGACAACCAGCUGACAGGGCUCGCUGACUCGUGGAGUUCUUUCGAGAAUCUCCAGUCGCUUCAGCUGGCAGGGAACAGGUUCACAGGGCCAAUCCCCGCCAACAUCGGCCAGCUUACUUCUCUGCAGAUACUUCUAGACCUGAGCAGAAAUAAAUUUUCCGGCCAGAUUCCUCCCCAGCUGAGCAACUUGAUGCAACUGCAAAGCAUGGACCUCUCGCAGAACAACUUAUCGGGAGAAAUUCCAGCGAUUUUGGACAAGAUGGAGUCUCUGCUUGCUGUUAAUAUCUCGUACAACAAUCUGGUCGGUCCUCUGCCACCCUCUUGGUCCAAGAUCAUGACCUCAGAAUCAGUUCUGGGCAACCCGAGGUUGUGCUCCAUCGUCCAAGGUUGCGCUCCGGGUCCACAAUCACAGAGUCCGAGUGACGGUGAUAGAAGCUGGUUCUCCCAGCCGGCGUUUGUUGCUUCGGUAGCAUCGGCUUCCGUCCUGGCUCUGGCUCUGAUAAUUAUUGGGAUCGUCGCAUGCCGUCGACGAGGGAGGACAUAUGAGGACAGCGAUCAGUCGGUUGGGAAAUUGGAAAUCUGGUCCAGAGAUUUCAGGUACAAGGACUUGACCUUUCGAGAAAUACAGGAGGCAACUGUGGGCAUGGAAAAUGCGCACAUUGUGAGCAAAGGCAGCGCCAGCACGGUGUACAAGGCUCUCUUGAAAUCAGGCCUGGUGUUGGCGAUAAAAGUGCUCGAUGAAGAACUGGAUGGUGGCUUGGAGAGAGCGUACAAGAUGGAGAUCGAGACAAUUGGUAAGGUCAAGCAUCGCAGUCUCGUGAAGCUGAUUGGGUUCUGCAAAUGGAAGAAGCUCAAGUUCGUCAUACUCGAGUUCUACUACAACGGUAGCUUGCAUGACGUGCUUCACAAAAACAAUGGCAAGGGGCUGCAAGAUUGGGACUCCAGAUUUAAGGUAGCUCUGGGCAUAGCUCAAGGACUGGAGUAUCUGCACCACGACUGCAAUCCCCCCAUCCUACAUCGUGACAUCAAGUCUUCGAACAUCUUACUGGAUGAUGAGUUCGAGGCUCACAUCGCAGACUUCGGUGCUGCCAAACUUCGAGACCUUUCCAAGCCCAAUGCCUAUGCAUCUACCUUCGUAGGUACAUACGGAUAUAUUGCGCCAGAGUAUGGGCUGCACCUGCAGCUGAGUGAAAAAGUGGAUGUCUACGGAUUUGGAGUUGUGCUGCUAGAGCUGCUUACCGGAAAGGAUCCACUAGACUCCUCAUUCCCAGAUGGAACGACUAUAGUGACCUGGGUGACGAGCUAUAGCAGUGAGGAGAAAAUUCUAAGCGAGGUGCUGUGUAAGCAGCUGCUCGAUUUCGGAAAUUGUCUUGUGGUGAGAGAGAUGAUUUUAGUUUUAAAAAUAGCAAUAUUUUGUGUCAAUCAGUUGCCCAAAGAAAGACCGACGAUGAGAGAAGUAGUGUCUAUGCUGAAACAAGCUAGGGAGCCACGGGAAAAAUCUUUGACUGAGAAGGUCCAUGCUGAGGAGAAAGGUGCUUCUUCAAGCCAAGAAGCAAUUGAGAUCGAGACUUCCGAUGAGACCAUCAAUUAUUGAUUUUGAAUCCAUAACCUCGUUAGGAAUUUAUCGCUGCGCCAUGGAAUCUUGUUCAAAAUUUGUAUUAUAAUGUCAUCACCAUGCCAGUUCCAACAGUACAUAAUCUCGUCCAUUUCAUCUCAAGGAUCCUUUGAUAACGUCACAAGAUCAACUGAAUUCGUUAUCUUAGUUGCAACUUGACAAAACACUGCAAAUUUUGUGUACUGUAGUUGUAGAUAGGACUAGUCACUCCACUCCUUGAUUGUUCUCUACUGUACAGCCUUUUGCAAGGGCGUUCCCUUGGUUUCUGUCAUUCGUCACUCUGUAGCAACGUGUCUCUGCAUCGAAAAAAGAAUUACAUCAUUGGAGUAAAGGUGAAUCUCACUUGUG